CUCAUUAGAUUCUAGGGUCUGUGAUUGCUCUUCUGCCCGGAGUUUUGCCUCUCCAGGUCGUCAUGUCAGACUCCAACAGCAAUGACACAUUCUUCUUCCUGACAGGCUUCCCAGGCCUUGAGACUGUGCACACGUGGGUCUCCAUUCCUCUGUGUGCCAUGUAUGUGGCAUCCCUGGCAGGGAACAGCCUGAUCCUAUGGGUGGUGAGGUCAGAGCCCACCCUGCACCAGCCCAUGUACUACUUUCUGUCCAUGCUGGCACUGACUGACCUGGGCCUCUCUGCCUCCACGCUGCCCACCGUGCUCACUAUUUACAUGCUGGGUUUCAGACAGGUGGCAAAGGAUGUUUGUCUGGCACAGAUUUUCUUCAUCCACACAUUCUCCGUCAUGGAGUCCUCUGUGCUGCUAACCAUGGCCUUUGAUCGUUUUGUGGCCAUCAGAAGCCCUCUUCGCUAUGGCACCAUCCUCACAAACACCCGAGUUGCCACCUUGGGCUUAGCCAUUGUAGUGCGCAGUAUUGGUCUCCUCGUUCCAGCCCCCAUCAUGCUGAAGAAGCUGCCUUACUGCCAGAAUCGCCUGCUUUCCCACUUCUACUGCUUACAUCCUGAUGUCAUGAAGCUGGCCUGUGCUGACACUCACAUCAAUAGUGCCUAUGGGCUCUUUGUGGUGCUCUCCACACUGGGGUUGGACUCAGUGCUCAUUGUCCUCUCCUAUGGGCUUAUCUUCCAAACAGUGCUGUCCAUUGCCUCAAAGGGUGAGAACCUCAAAGCCCUCAACACAUGUGUCUCCCACAUCUGUGCUGUGCUGCUUUUCUACAUUCCCCCUAUUGCCAUGUCCAUGAUCCACCGAUUUGGGAAGAGAACAUCACCUUCUACUCCUAUGCUGCUCUCUUAUCUGCACUAUCUCACCCCUCCAGUGUUUAAUCCUGUUGUUUACACUAUCAAGACCAAGGAGAUCCGACUGAGGAUGCUACGCCUAUUCCAACCUGGUAGGAGUGGUAUUAGAGAUGUCCAUGGGUAUUAA